CACCUACAAGCCCACACACCCCUCGCACUUUCCAUUACCUCCUAUCUAUCAAGCCUGAACCUUGGACCUCGAGAAUCCACCCCCCUCGAUCAUCUGCUGCUCGUGAUGUCUGCCAUCCUUCGCAAAACCGUCCGUAUCAUCAAGCACCUGCCACGUCGCUUUUCGCGUGCCCCUGGAAAGGAUGACCUGGACUCCCAGCGUGAGGAGGUGUUGUCCAAACUCUGGGUCACGUAUGAGGCAACAAGGGCAAUGGGGCUCGAUGAGGUCUUAAUAGAUCCAGAGCAGUUAGCAAGACUCGGCAUCCUAACCUUACCUCUCGACCUCACUGGUGACACUGACACCAAUCGUGUUGUCCCUCCUGCUCUGAACCCGGCCAGUUACUUUGUCCCCCUUACCGACGACUACAUCCGAGAGCACCCCGUCGACCUUUCCGACUCGGUCACUGCUGAGUGGUUUAAUGAUAAGGCAAAGGCACUAGAUCCGGAAUUCAGAGGAUUUGGCAAUGAACCGAUGUCAUCUUACGAUGCUGCAGACCAACUUUCCAGAUGCCUCCGUAUCGAGAUGUCAAGCUCACGUUUAAAUUGCGAAGAGGAGACACAGAAGCUCACCUGGCUAAAUAAGUGGAGAGUAACGGGCUGGUCCAAUUUAGAACCGGUUUUUGAAGGGAAGGAGUUGAUCUCAGGCACCGAGAUCAUGUGGUACCUCGAAGCACUUUAUGUUUGCCGGGUUCGAUCCUUGCCACCUCAUGUUAAAGCAAUCCUCAGUCACAGCCACGUUGACAACUCGGAACCCACCCUGCUCAAGGCUGAACUGAAAGUCAUUAUAGCGCUCAUGUAUUCCAGGUGGUCUAUGGAAGGUUUGCUCGAUAUGAUUGUUCCGGUCUUCCUUCUUUCGUUUAUUGGACGCAACGUCCGAUGUUCGAUCGCCAUACACGAUGGAACCCAACUUCGAAUUUCCAAAUCACCCCUCUACCCGGCAAAGAACAGCGAGGUCUGGCAACAUGUCGUCAGACAUAUGGGCGGGAGGAUAAACGAGAAGCUCGAUACAAAGACACUGCCGGUGGUCGAUGAGGUAGAAGAAUAGUACUUGGAGCUUGGGUGGACAUCCCUUCUCUCGGCAUGGCACUGCCUCCCUUGGCUUAAUCAUCGAUUCGCAGGUCUGGAUACCUGAGUGGAUGUGGUAUUGACACCAACUUAACACCAGAGGAGUCAUGGGACGCCGGCGCAGCUGUCUCAUUCUGCUCUUGGCGUCUUUGAGGAAAGGUUGGAUCGCCGAGUUGUUAUCUGCGUAUAAGGUUGGCAUCCAAACAACAAUCACAUCAGAAUAGAUCUUUGAGCGCAGUACACAAGUCUCUUGGGCUGUGCAGUAUUCAUACAGGUAGUAAACCACUCAUAGAUCAUUCCUUCACGCCGCAUGUUAUUCGAG